GAGAGUCUGCUGCUGUAGGAAGGACUGACAGGAUCUCAUCAUCCCUCUUGGAGCAUCCGAGACACGCGCAGGAUGGCUAUCUCGAGGCGUAUUUUCUGUGGUAUGGUUUUCAUCAUUGGGCUGCUGUCCUCUCCCGCGGCCUCAAAAAGAAACCGAGCCUCACAAGGGGCCAUUCCUCAUCCUGACAAAAACAACCCAAACGAAUCGGAGCAGCAACCACAGCCUCCGCGGGCUGGUUCGGGGUCCCGACAGAGGCCCGGCUCGUCCUCACCGGCCGACGAGGUGCUGGAGUCCAGCCAGGAAGCCCUGCAUGUGACGGAGCGGCAGUAUUUGAAACGGGACUGGUGCAAAACGCAGCCCCUCAAACAGACGAUCCACGAGGAGGGCUGCGUCAGCCGCACCGUCAUCAACCGCUUCUGCUACGGACAGUGCAACUCCUUCUACAUCCCCAGGCACAUCCGCAGGGAGGAGGGCGCCUUCCAGUCUUGCUCCUUCUGCAAGCCCAAACGCUUCACCACCAUGACUUUUACCUUGAACUGUCCGGACCAGCAGCCCCCCACCAAGAAGAAGCGCAUCCAGCGCGUCAAACAGUGCCGCUGCAUUUCCAUAGACCUGGACUGAACACGCACUGACAAACUCUUCUUCCAGG